UAUGUUCGCGAAGGACGAAACGUUGUACCGAUAUGCAAUUCUCUCAUUCCGUAGGGUCCGUAGCGAUAGUUCUUCUCCAUUUGUUUGGACUGAUCAUGGAUUCGAACGGGACACAAUUGGUAACAGUUGUGCAAUGGGGAUCUAUCAACGGGCAAAGCAUAGAAAAAUACACAUUAAGAAACAAAGCGGGUCAAGAGGUGGAUAUCAUAACGUACGGUGCAGCGAUAACGUCUGUCAGAACCCCGGACAAACAGGGUAAUACUGCAGACGUCGUUCUAGGCUUCGAUAACGUCGAAGGAUAUAAGUCUGCGAGCAAUCCGUAUUUCGGCGCAACAAUAGGACGAGUUGCUAAUCGUAUUGGCAAAGCAGAAUUUACAUUGGACGGAAAGAAGUAUUGUUUAGGAAAAAAUGUUGGUGGAAAUAGUCUUCACGGUGGUUUCAAGGGUUGGAGUUCGAAAAUAUGGAACGCCAGGAUUCGGAACGAAUGGCUUGUAUUGUCCCUCUUAAGCGAAGACGGAGAUGAAGGUUAUCCUGGAGCUGCUAUAGUUUCAGCUAGCUUUAAACUAACUAGCGACGGAGAAUUACACAUCGAUAUGAAAGUUUUCGUUACCAAACCCAGCCCAAUAAACUUAACUAAUCAUAGUUACUUCAACUUAGCUGGCCAUGAAACUAACGCGACUGAGCUAUAUAAACAUGAAUUUGUAUUGAAUGCCGAUCGUUGGACCGUUACCGAUGCGGAAAGUAUUCCUACCGGUGAAAUUCGAUUGGUCAAAGACAGCAUAAUGGACUUGAGGAACACGACGUCGCUGAAAGAUGUUAUCGAUAAAGUACCGGGUGGUGGUUUUGAUCACAAUUUUUGUUUGACAAUGAAUAACUCUGAGAACGAGAAUAAGUUUGUUGCACGAGUUUUACAUCCACCUUCCGGAAGAUAUUUGGAGGUGUAUUCCAAUCAACCCGGUGUACAAUUUUACACGAGCAAUUUCUUUCCCGUUCAAGGUGGCACAGGUAUUCGAGGAAAAAAUGGUGCCGAAUAUUUUAAACACGGAGCAUUCUGUCUAGAAACUCAGAAUUAUCCGGACGCUGUAAAUCAUAAAAACUUUCCCAAUCCUAUAUUGGAACCAGGAGAAAUCUAUUGCCAUACUGUCAUAUACAAAUUUGGUGCAAUGAUUUAAGUGAAACUCAUGCGUUUUCAGGAAAUGAUUCCUUGUUAAAAUUUGUAGCAAUUGAAUUGUGAACAUUUAAUAUAAUCUUUCUUAAUACAAUCAGUGCUGAAGACCACUCAAGCAUUCAGCAUUAUUCAUCUACUUACAAGCAUCCAGGAACUGCUAUUGGAAGUGCAAUGUAUGACUUCACUAUGCCGCAUAGAACAUGUUAACUUAUUUUACUUUUGUUCUAAAAUCAAUCAUGAAAUGUAAGUAUAUUUAU